AUGGGCUGUUUUAGUUCUAAGGCAAGAAGGCAGUUUCCUGGACAUGAAGACCCCGUUUUGCUUGCUUCCCAAACAGCUUUUAGUGUGAGUGAAGUUGAAGCACUAUAUGAAUUGUAUAGGAGCAUUAGUGGCUCUGUGAUUGAUGAUGGCCUAAUAAAUAAGGAAGAAUUUCAAUUGGCUUUGUUCAAGAACAGAAAAAGAGAGAAUCUUUUUGCAAAUCGGAUAUUUGAUCUCUUUGAUGUGAAGCGAAAAGGAUUUAUUGAUUUUGGUGACUUUGUUAGAUCACUUAAUGUUUUUCACCCAAAUGCUCCUCAAGAAGAUAAAAUCAGUUUUACAUUUAAGCUAUAUGAUUUAGAUGGUACAGGAUUUAUCGAGCGCCAAGAGGUUAAGCAAAUGUUGAUUGCGCUUUUAUGUGAGUCUGAAAUGAAGUUGACAGAUGAAAGUAUUGAGAUAAUACUUGAUAAGACAUUUCUUGACGCGGAUAUAGACCGGGACGGUAAAAUAGACAAAUCUGAGUGGCACAAUUAUGUGGAGCGAAAUCCUUCGGUGAUGAAGAUAAUGACACUUUCGUAUUUGAGGGAUAUAACCACCACAUUUCCGAGCUUUGUUUUCCACUCCGAGGUCGAUGAAAUCGCUACAUAA